AUGUCAGGGACAGCACGUCAUGACCGAGAAAUGGUGAUCCAGGCCAAGAAAAAACUCACCACAGCCACAGACCCCAUUGAAAAACUCCGGCUGCAGUGCCUGGCCAGGGGUUCAGCAGGCAUCAAAGGACUGGGCAGAGUGUUUAAAAUCAUGGAUGACAAUAACAACCGGACCUUGGAUUUCACUGAAUUUAUCAAAGGCUUAAAUGACUAUGGUGUGGUCAUGGAAAGGGCAGAAACUGAAGAGCUUUUUCAGAGUUUUGAUAAAAACGGAAGUGGAACUAUAGAUUUCAACGAAUUUCUUCUCACCUUAAGACCACCAAUGUCCAGAGCUAGGAAAGAGGUCAUUAUGAAAGCAUUUACAAAGCUAGACAAGUCUGGAGAUGGUAUCAUAACAAUUGAAGAUCUUAGAGAAACGUACAAUGCAAAGCAACAUCCAAAGUACCAAAAUGGAGAAUGGACCCAGGAGCAAGUAUUUAGGAAAUUUCUGGACAACUUUGAUUCACCUUACGACAAAGAUGGGUUGGUUUCAAAAGAAGACUUUCUGAAUUAUUAUGCUGGUGUUAGUGCCUCAAUUGACACUGAUGCUUAUUUCAUUUUAAUGAUGACAAAAUCCUGGAGGUUAUGA